AACUUUUAAAAACAAGAAAUUAUUAUAUCAGUAAUCGUGAAAAUAAUAAUUUAUUUUCGGAAUUAUCAAUUAUUUAUGGACAAAAUAUGUAUGAAGCCAUGUUGGUAACUAUGGAUGAUAUUAUGAAAUCAAAUGUUCAUAAUAUUGUUGUUAAUGAAAAAUCAAAAAAUGAAUCAAAUAAAAUAAUAACAAAAGAAAAAACAAUUGAUACAGUUGAUAAAUGUUUGAAUGAAAAUAGUAAUUCAAUACUUGUUGAUCAUGUUAAUAAAGUACAGCAAGAUGACAAAGUUACUUCUAUCACAAACAAUCAACAAGAUGUACCAGUAAAAAGAAAAUUUCCAGAUGAUUUUAUGCAUAUCAAUAAAAGAUCAAAACCAGAUUCAUGUCAGUCUUCAAUAGAUACAGAAAAAAAGAAAGCUUUAAAUGAAAAUUGUAAAAAAUCAUUGAAUUUUAAAAGUGAAAAAAAGAAAGUAGCUGUUAAUGUUGUAUCUUCAUUUUCAAAUGUCAAUACUGUUGAAAUUAUUAAGGCUAAUAAUUCUGUUAAAAAAAAUAAAGUAACAUCAGUCCAAGCAGAUUCAACAGACAAUGAUGAUGAUAUAACAAUAAUUGAAAGUAAAAAAACCACUAACAAUGAAAUCCUCAAUGAUAAAGCUCCAGUAAAUCUGAAAGCACCAACAAAUAAAACACAAAAUGAUAAAAAUGAUGAUCAAGGUAGUAGUGAUGAUAUAACGAUAAUUGAGAGUGAACAAAUUAAUACAGAUAAAAAUAUCAACGACAAAACUCCAACGCAACUAAAAACACCAACAAGUCAAACUCAAAAUGAUAAAGCUGAAAAACAUUGUGAUAAUAUAAUCGUAAUUGAGAAUAAAAAAAUAAGUAAGGAUAAAAGUAUCAAUGACAAAACGACAACAAAACUAAAUGUUCCAAUAAAUAAAACACAAAAAGAAGAUAAGGCUGAAAAUCGUCGUGGUGAUGAUGAUAUAACCUUGAUUGAGAAUAAAAAAAUAAAUACAAAUAAAAUCAUCAAUGAAAAAACCUCUACAAAAGUAAAAACUCCAGUGAAAAAUAUACAAAAAAAUGAUAAAAUUGAUAAUCAUUGUAAUGAUUUAAACAAGCCAAAUGACAAUAAUAUUGUAAAUAAAAAUUCCAACAAAGUUCUUACUGUUGAAAAUAUCAAAAUAACAUCAGUACAAUCAAUGGCACCUGUUACAACGAGUAGCAUUGAUGUUGUAACAUUGGACGAUGAUGAUUCCAUUCAAGUUACUGAAGUUGAAGUACCCACAGAAGAUUGCAUUGACAAUGCAGAUGAUGAUGUUGUAAUCAUAACAAAUAAUUUAAAUAAUACAAAUGGAGUGGAACUACAAGUACACUCUAAUGAAAUUUCAUCUCGUGAUAUUAAUGAAAUUAUAGAUGAUGAUCACAAUUAUUCCAAAAAAAUUACUGACACUUUAAAUAAUGAAACUACAAGCAAUAAUUCCAUGGCUAAUUGCCAUGAAAAUAAUACGUCUAUGGAAAAUGUAACUAUAAAUAAAAGUCCAUUUGUUACAGUUCAUUUUUGUGAUGUUAAUAAACUUGAAGACAUCAAUUUUUCUGACUCACUUGAUACAGAAGAAUAUAAUGAAAUAAACUCAACUAAUGAUAAUACCAAAAAUAAUAAUUUCCCAAAUUAUUAUGACCAUGAUUACAAUGGUGAUGAUGAUGAUAACGAUGAUGAUGAAGUUCAUUAUGAUGAUCAUGAUAAUGUUAUUGCUAAUGAUAAUAUCAAUGACCCUAUUGACACAAUGAAUGAUAGUACAAAUUUUAACAACAUCGGAAGAAUAGUUAAUGAUAUACCAUUUGAAGAAAAAAAACGAAUAGUUAAUUUAGCUGAAAAACAUCCAACUUGGACGAUAAGAAUGUUGAGAAAAAAAAGUGGAUGUGAAAAACUUCUUGGGCAACAUCAAUUAAAUAGUUGGAAAAAAAUGGUAGAAAGAGGAGGAUCUACACGUGAAUUGCGUUAUUCAUUUAAUAAUUGGAUUUUUAAUAAAUGCCUUGAAUUUCAUAAACAAAAUAAAAAAAUAACAAAUAAAAAAAUUCAAAAUUGGGGAAUGGAAGCUAAAAAAUUAAGUUGCUAUAAAAACUUAAGAUUUGUUGCUACACAUCAAUGGUUAGAAACUUUUAAACGUAAUUACCGAAUAACUGGUAAAUCAGAUGAUUUAAUUAUUGAUCCUAAACAACAAAAAUAUAGUUAUAAAUUAUCAAGAGUUUUAGUUCCAUAUGAACUUAAAGUUAAAGUUGUUAAUUUAGAAAGUGAACAUAAAGACUGGAGUCUUGAAAUGUUAAAAAAACAUAGUGGCUGUAAUUAUCUUGAAAGUUUUGCACAAAUAACAAGUUGGAGACAUUUAAUUAAAAAAGGACAAUCACUUUGGGAUAAAUAUAAAAAACUUAACAAUUGGAUUUAUAAUAAAUACAAUGAGUAUAAAAGUAAAAAUAAAAAAGUUACUGAUAAAAUGUUAAUCAGUUGGAGAAAUGAAGCUAAAAAAGUUUUACAAUUUAACGAGUUACCUAAAAUUAAUCAUAAUUAUCAAUGGGUAAGAACUUUUAAAAGAGACUUCAAUAUUACUUGAUAAUAUUUUAUGUAAUUAAUUAACAAUUAAUAAAUUUAACUUAAACAUACGAUUGACAAUUAAAAAUAAUUCAUAAAUUUAUUUACUUUAAUUUUUUUUUUUUUACAUAAAUAAUUGAUAGUUUUUAAUUAUAGACUAUAAUAUUUGUCUUAAUUUAAUUACCUUAUUAUAAAUUUGAAAAAAAAAAUAAAAUUUUACACUUUAAUUUGCUGUCAUUGUUGCUGUUUUUCAUGUAUUUUCUUUUUGUAACUUUCUGGCAAACUGUAAAUAAAUACAAAAAAAAAAAGUCUGAAAUUAUAUAAUUAAAAAUUGACAAGUGUAUUUCAAAAUUUCUGAGUUUUUUUUUAGUUUAGUCAUCAAUAUUUUUUGUAUGUUUGUAAAUCCAAAAAAGGUAUCAACGAAAUUUUUCUAUAAUCAUAACUAAUAGAUGUAAUUUUAUUGAUCAAUUUUUCAAGUAUUUUCGAAUGAUUUAUAAUUUGUUAAUGUUUGAAUGACCAAUCAUUUCAUUAAAUAGACUUGAAAAUGAAAUAAAAAAACAUGAAAAACUCUAAAAAUUGAUUUAUAAAAACCCUCUAUGACUCUUGGUGAUCCAGAGUGUAACGUGAGAUAGUUCAAUGAGUGAUACAAUUAUUUCUAAAACUCAUUUACUUUGAGACCAACAUAUCUAUACUGAAUUUCGAAUUGAUUGGUGAAUAAUUGAUGCAAACAGUGCAGAUGAUAAAUAACAGAUAUAAAAAAUACGUCAUAGUCAUUGUGGUGAUGAUUAAUCUUUAGACAAUCAUCACUUGAAUAAAUUUACAAAUGAUAUGAAUGAAAAAAAAUAUAAACACUAUAAUUUUAACUAAAUAAUUUGUAUGAAAACAAAGAUUAAAAAUAUAAGCUCAAUUAAAACAAGAAGACUUACAAUAAAAAUCACAUGAUGAUCAUGUUGGUAACACAAUGAUAAUGAUUAUGACGAUGAUGAAUUAAAUUGAAUAUAAAAUAUCAUCAUCCUGCAAAUAAGAUAAAGAUAAUUGAUGGAAUUUUGUUUGAAGAAAAACACAAACAAAAUGAAGAGAUAAUAAACAUUUUUUUUGAACACAAAAUAAGUUUGUUCUAUAAAUUAAUAAACAUGUUAAAGUACAAAAUUAAAAUAUUAAAAUUAACAAAUAAUAA